AUGAGACUCACUCCUUCCCUCGCCAUCCGCAAGCUGCUCGCCUCGAUCCAUCCUCCUCUUUCUCCUCAGUCUCCCCGCGAUUCCAAGCAGCUUCUCAGCGUCCUCGAAUCCGCCUUCCAACGACGUCUUGACGAAACCCAUCCGUCCCCCAGAGCAGCAGCAACAGCCAGCGACAAUCAGCAUGGCUCUGAAUCAAUCCCGGAUCCGGCCCAAAGAGUCACCCAUUCCACCCACUCUCACCUAGACACUAUCCUCGGCCAUCCUCUAUUCAAGCAGCAGUCGCUCACUUUUCUGCAAACCCACGGUCUAGCUGCCACGGCGGUCAAGACAUUCGACGAUGCCCUGCUGAAACAAGGUCUCGAUUCGGAUCUCGUCCAGUCGUGCGCUCUGCAGUAUCUUCAAGGCCGUGAGAAGCGAGGCAAAUCACCUAAGGAUGAAGGAUUGGGUCCAAGAUUGGCUCGCUGGUUCAACGCUAUGACUGGCUCUGACAAGAAGGAUUUGCUGCUCAACGAGAAAUACAUUGAACCCUUGGUCUCAGUCAUGUACGCCGACGGGCUGGAGCGUGAGGUCUGGCAGUGGCUGCAAGUCCUCUACGAACGAUCUUUCGCCAACUUUAUCUUCAUCCCCACCGAUGACUGCGCUCCUGAUGCCAUCGCUUACCUGCGAGCGGAAGAUCGCCUCGUAUCUCUGAUGAUCAAGGAGACCGCUCGCCGCGGCCGGUUGCAGGAAGCUGUGCAGCUAUAUACCCAGGCCUACGAAUACCGCCUGAGCACCGGAAGAGCCGUCCUCUCAGACGGGAAGUCGGCCCCUGAACCUCUCCAACGGUCCUGGCGUCAAGUGGCUGGGGCAAUUCUCUUACAAAACAAACGCAGCAAAAGAGGUUUACCAGCCGGGCUUUAUGAUCUGGUGCUGAAGUACAGCCUGACGAUAGAUUAUUCUCCUUUCGACCCGGCUAUUCUUCAGAUAUAUCAUCCAACAUCGCCAACGGCUCACCCGCUUUUUCAGAAACUUCAAGACUCGUCGUUUCUUGAACAAUUUGCCAGAUGGCAGAAGAAUCCCAACAGAUUCGUUCGGAGGGUCUUGCUUGUUUCUGUUCUAGACGCGGCCGAACUAUCCUUGACCCAAACUCACCCUCGUGAAGCGAGAGAGUUCCUCGACUUUGCCGAGAGAACAUAUCCUGACUUUCUACGCUCACAUGAAGGAAACACCGAUAUGGCAGAGAGACUGCAACUGGCUCGUCAGGAGAUCCUGGUGAGAAAGGAUUUCCGUUCAUCGGGCUACGCCACUGCUCCCGAACUGCAAGUACUAGUGUGA